GUCAAAAGCUCAGGGCUCGAGCAUUCACUCAUCUCACCGGUCACGGACAGGGGCCGGCCGCCGCAGGGCUCCCUUGACCCGCUGCUGCCCUGGCGCCACUGCCACCACCUGCGUCUGCGUCUCGCAGCGCAUAAAGCAGCACCGUCCCGGCCCGCGAAUCUCUCCGCCCUCGACGCCGGAGGGGACAAAUCUUGCAAGUACGCCCAUCGCCCACUACAGUGUCACGCCCGCUGCCGCAGAGCAUCGCAGCGUACGUUCUCGCCGGAAGGGAAGGAAGGACGCCGAUGGACAACGACGCCGGCAUGAUCCCCUCCUCGCCCUCCGCCGAGACGUCGUCCUCUUCCUCCGACAUCGACACCGAGUCCACAUGCUCCUUCUUCCGGGACCGGAGCACGACGCUGGGGACGCUCAUGGGCGUGUCCCUGGCCGACGGGGAGGACCGGCCUCCGGAGACGCAGCAGGCGGCGGACGAGCAGGAGAGGCCCCGCGCGCCGGCGCCGGGGGAGGAGGGCUGGACGUGGCGCCGGAGGUGGAGGCCGCGUCGCGGCGCCAGCUGGUGGCGGCUGUGCAGGGACGACGUCGGCGGCACGACGUCGCUGGCCCACUUCCUGCACAUGGAGAGGCAGCUCUCCGGCGACGGCGGGGAGGUGACGGUGCCGCUGUUCGAGAACGGGAGGGUGCUGCCGUCGUCGUCUGCGACCGCGGUCGUGGAGGAUCAGAAGGCCAAGUGGAAGCUGCGGAGGUCCGCCCAGGGGUCGUUGUCGCUGGCGAGGCUACCGGUGCUGCUCACCGGCAUCUGCAGCGGCGGAGCUUGAGUGCUUACGGUUGAAUGGAACUGUGGAAAUGGUUUCAGCGGGUCACGCUGUUUUUGUUUUUCUUCUGUCAUUUUUUCUGCUCCGUUUCCCUCCUUAACUUUCACACGCGGAUGCAAUUGAUGAACGAUGAUUGUACUGAUGAAUGGAAUCACUACCACAUCAAGUGCCAUGGCGUGAUCCCAUUCUUCUGUAUCCCAAGUCGCAAGGAUGAUCGAAAGAAUUUCCGUUUCUUCGCUGUGACAAUGACAU